AUGAAGAAGGCAUUCAAGCCUCAAGCAAGCAGUGCACGCUCUUUUGGAGGUACCGGCUUUGGUGGGGGUUUUGGUUCCACUGGUUUUGGUGUAUCCUCGUCGCCGCUGUCAUGGAUCGGUGAACCGCCGGAUCUCUCAAACAUCUCGGACCCCAAUGUGGGAGUAGCAUUCAAGAACUUGACCAAAAAGGACAGCACAACCAAGGCCAAGGCUCUCGAGGAACUCCAGCAAUACGUCUCUGCUCCCGACCAGCAGAUCGAGGAGGCAGUCUUGGAAGCAUGGGUCAAACUAUAUCCCCGUCUCUCAAUAGACAGCGCUCGCCGCGUGCGUCAAUUGGCACACAAUGUUCUUGGUCACAUCGCCGUCAAAAGCGGAAAGAGAAUGGUGAAACACAUGUCCAGAAUCGCUGGACCUUGGCUUGCAGGCGCUCAAGAUAGUGAUCGUGCCGCUGCCAAAGCUGCUCAAGAUGCUCUCAAGCACGUCUUCAACACUCCCGAGAAGUUGCAGAACCUUGGAAAGGCUUUCCAACAACCAAUUCUUGAACACUGCAGAGACGCUCUUUUGAAUGAGACGGUUCAGACAUUAAGCGACGAGCGAAGUGUUAGUCCCGCUGAUGCUCAGGCUACCUACUCACGCGUUGUUGCCACGAGUAUUGCCGUUAUCUCAAACCUUCUCAAUGACCUUGCGACAGAAGAAGUGGCCAAACAGCAGGAGCCAUACGAAGGCAUUGUUGGUCAGAGCAAGAUAUGGGAGUUGGCGUCCUACAAAGAAGACGUUGUCGUCAGGAGAUCUAUUCAUCGAUUCUUGCGUACAUGCUUGUCUAAGCAAAAGACUGCUGUCGAGGCUAACCUGUCCACCAUCAGCGAAGCUUACAUCUCAAAGGCCCUCCCUCACGACCAGACUGGCUCAUCUUAUGAUUUCAUGUUGGCUCUUGUGGAGCUUACAGAUGCUUUCCCUCAUGCCUGGACUACAAGCUAUACAUCAAAGAAGCCAGCCAGCACAAGAUUACGAGGCUGUAUCAAGCGCGGCUCUCAGGCUGGACCUGCUGAGUUUUGGACCAACGCUUGGCUAUUGUUUAGCAAGCUGCCUGCGGAGAUCUUGCCUCAAAAAUACUCUGAAGCUGAAGAAUUGCUAAAUGCAGUGCACGAUGGUGUCAGCCAGAAGGACGAUCGCUUCAACGCAUCUGCAGCAUGGUUCACCUACUUUAAGAUCCUCGACCUGAUCCAAAGCACUGCGUCUCUAUCUGAUGAGGAGCAUGAGACUCUGCUAAACAAGAUGGCUAUUCCAGCAAUUGAGCAGUACCUGCGACCAUCUCCCAGUACCUCAGAUUGGCUCAUCUCUGGAGCCAAGCCUGCUUGGAAUGUUUCGAAAGCUGCAUUCUGCAAGCGUCUACCAACUGUUCUGGAGAAGAAGUGGCCUGAAUAUGCCACACUACUGAUUGAGGACAUUCGGACAUCACUUCCUGAGCAGUCUAAAGAUUUCGAAAAGUCACAAGCGCACGUCGCCUCUGCUGCUGAGAGAUGGGCUUUGCUUCAGUCAGAGCUUCUACGGGAGGAAUAUCAACUUCCAGAAUCUCUGCAGGCCGUCUUCUCCCAGACAGCUAAGGACAUCGUCAAAGCGUCCCUCGAAUUACUCAGAUCGAGGAAUGGCAAGCCAUAUGGCGCUGCUGCCGCGGUGGAUGAAUUGCAAAACCACUGUAAAGCUUUACUCGCCAACGACCAGGAGACUCAAAACAUUAUUGCAACUUUUGUCGUUGAAGAUUUGCCAGAAUUGUUGUCUUCACCUUCGCAAAGACAGCUCGUCUCACUCCUAUAUCACUUCCAGACCAACUCUCGUUUCAGCGACGCAUGGAAUCAGACCGCGACCGCUCUUGGUAAUACCCCAGACUCGGAGGAGAAGUUGAACGCUUUCCGUAAUCUUUUGGCUUCACCCAGGGUCAAACCUGCUGCAGAGAUUGCCGCUCAGAAUGGCGAUAUUCAAGCAUUCCUUCAGCGCCAAUUCAAGUCUAGCUUAGAAACAGGAGAACAAUGGAGCUUUGUAUCAGGCAUCCUCAAGGGUACACCAAGCGUGGCUUCUGCAGAGACUGUUGAUAGUAUGCUAGCAGACCUCACUGCUUCGCUCUCAAUAUCGGCGAAGGCCGACUCUGCUCUGGACGGUCUGCAAGAGAUCUCGCGAAGCAACAAGGCUCUUGUCAAGGAGCAUAUCAAGAAGCCUAAUGGAUCUCAGCUUCUGCCUAAUCUUCUACUAUUGGAAGAAUCUGCCAAUGAAUCACUAGCUGCCAAAGCCUCUAGCAUCAGCAAGAGUAUCGUGACCGAGGCAGACAAGGCUGGUUCUCAAACUAUUCUCUUCGAUGUCGUACAUCAGAGCUUGCGAGAUGUGUCAUCAAGCUCGCUGCCAAUGCCUCAAGUUCUUGACAUGGCUGCCAAUCUCAUCAAGGAUAGCGACCUUGAUCAGAAGAAGCAGGAAGUUGCCAAGCAAGCUCUGCCUGAUCUGGACUCUUGGAAGUCCGCAGUCACGCCAUUCAUUGCUACUGCACCUUCAAUCGCGCUUGCCAUUACCAGUGUCUUGGGAGGGGCCACUUAUUUGGUGGAUCCUGAGACCAAGUCCGACCCUUCCAAGAUCUUGAGGGAUGCGGAUGGCUUGUCACAGGCUCUGAGAUAUGCAAUGUACACCUCAAGGGUCUUCUCCAACAGUGUUCUUCUUCAAGCACUUGAGUCUGAGGCUCAACAAGAGCUAUUCCGGCUCUUUUAUAUCACGCAUAUUCUUCUGACCGAAAGCAUCUCUCUAACGGCAGAAGGAGGUCUUGCUUCACCCAACCCAGAGACCGAGGCUGAGGUUGUCGAGUUUGUCAAUGAGGCCAACAAAUUCAUUGGAGAUUGCUUCCAGCAAUACGAGGAUGCAUCAUCGUCUUAUGCAUUCGUUGGCACAAUCCUCGACAACUUUUUCGAGCAGUCAAAGGGUACCAGUACAUCUGCAUUCUACCAUGCCCAAGCGCUAAGCCACGCACUUGGUGACCUUGAGUCCAUCCAUGGCGGUGGUCAUGCUAAGGUUCAGGAGUACGAAGACAAGACAUUGCAGCUCUACAAGGCCAAAGAUGUUGUACCUUUCACUGCUUGCGCCAGUGGUCUCAAGGAAGCCCUAUCCGAUAGCAAGAAGCUCGACAGACAGACCAACGAGCUGGUAGCUGAUCUCACUGGCUUGGACGCCGCACAGUCUCCUGAAAAGGCCAUUACAAAACUCGUCAUGCUCAAUGCUUUGUUCCCUGAGAGCAAGCAGGCCGACAGCAUUGUUGCCAAGCAGCGUCUUAUCUUCUUGAUGAAGCACGUCCUUCCCUGGCUUGACAAUGACGAUAUUGUUACUCCUAUCAAAGCUGAGACUUGCAAGACUCUGCUCUUCGUCCUUCCUGGCGUGAGCGAUAUCUACGGUGAACAUUGGUCACAGAUUCUGGCAUUUUUGGCGCAUUCGUGGGAAUUGGGUUUCGUUCGUGACGAAGUCGCUGACGAGAGCCGCAUGGCCUUGAUCUACACCACUCUCCAACUUUGCUCAAUCCUCCGUAGCCUCAAAUCAGGCGAAGAGCCUAACGAUGAUCUUGUUGAUGCUUGGAAGGAGAGUUCUGAGAUACUCUACAUGGGCCUGAUGAACCUUGUGAGACAAGGUCAAGGUCAGUCCGACGAACACCACGAACCUCUGAAAGCUCUAUUCCAGCUCCUGGGCAGUGAAGUCGCAAAGUGGUCUACUGGCGAGGUCGAAGACGAGGCCGAGCUAUACCCUCUCCUCUACACACCAUCAAAGGCUCUGCAAAAGACAGCCUUCGAUAUUCUGCAUCGCGUCAUUCCAGCUGCACAGGAGCAAGUCUCCUUUGACGCAGCCUUGGAGAAGAAGACAGCUAAACUGCCCGAAGAGCUGUUGUCUUUGCUGCUUGCACCACCCACAUUGGACAGCCUGGCAGAUGCCUCUUUCCGCACAGGUAUUCCUCACGAGUUGCAGGCGUACCUCUAUAGCUGGCAACUAGUCUUCGAUCACUUCGCCAACGCCAGCUAUCAGGUCAAAUCUGACUACGUCGAGGCCCUCCGCGACGGCGAAUAUCUCGCUCACUUGCUGGAGCUUACCUGGGAACUCUUGGGUCAUGUCCGUGGCCGUCCUGUCGACGUAUCGAAAUACGACAUUCGCAAAUUCGACUACCUCGACCAAACAGGUGAUCUCGAAGGCUUGAGUGCAGACAAGCGCAUGCACUGGCUCCUAGCCCACCUAUACUACCAAUCCCUCAUGCACGUCCCCUCACUCACAAAAUCCCAAUUCCUAGCCAUCAAAUCGCGACAGACGGGUUUGGCCGUUGAGAGCUGGACUGCCAAAUACAUAGCCCCUCUUUUGGUGUCUGCAUCUCUAGAUUCUGUAGCCCAAUGGGCUGAUAGCGUGAAGAAUGACCCCGACUACGAAGGCUGGACCGUCAAAGUCUCGCCUCGCAGCCGCGAAGUCCACUUCUCCUAUCUCGUCGACGAACAAACCAUGGCCAUCGUUUUGCGCUUGCCCGAAACCUAUCCCUUGGCCUCCGCACGCAUCGAAGGCCUCAACCGCGUGGCCGCCGACGAGCGCAAAUGGCAAUCCUGGCUACGUAACGCACAAGGCGUGAUCCAAUUCAGCAACGGCAACCUCAUCGAUGGCCUUACAACUUGGAAACGCAAUGUAACUGGCGCACUGAAAGGCCAAUCCGAAUGUGCCAUUUGCUACAGUAUCAUCUCUGGAGAUAAACAGUUGCCGAGUAAGAGGUGCAGCACGUGUAAGAACUUGUUCCAUAGUUCUUGUUUGUUCAAGUGGUUCAAGACGAGUAAUGCUAGUACUUGUCCGCUGUGUAGAAACCCGUUCAACUAUGGGUAG